UUACACUAGCAUUCCUUACUCUAUUGUUACUUUGUAACAAACCGGGGCAGAGGCGAGGAAAAGGAGGACGUCAAUCUGGCAAAAAAUUCCGUAACAUUUUGACAUUACUGUACCAACAAGGCGAAGAACGUAACGGUACUUGAAGAAAAACUGCAUCGAUCCGAUUGAAACCACCAUUGCAAAGAAAGGAUAAUCGAAACAGAUGUCAGCGGAUUGCUCUUCCAAUGCAAGCAUUUAAAGGCUCAAACCAGGAAGAUAAGUCAUCCAGCAGAUAUCUCAAAUUGUAACGUCUUAAACGAAACGGAUAAUGUCAGUAGGCUAAUAAAUUUCAACUAAACUGUUUGACGUCCUUCUUUCCCACCGCCUGCCCCGGCUUUAGGAUUGCUACGUCAAAGUUAAAUGGAACAUGCACUCCUGGAAGCGACCAUAAAAUAUAUGUCCUUUAUGUAGUCAGUUAGUUCGUUACACUAUUUCUGGAUUAGUAGUCUGACUAUCACAUAAAUAAGUAUUCAUACUGAAUAAAUUAACAAUUCAUUUUACUGUAAAAAGCUUUAGCCUACAACUAGAGAGAAGCUAAAACUGUCUGGGGAAAAAUCUAAAUAGGGCGUUACAAGAUCCAAGAACAAUCCUCGGUGAAUAAAAGGAACGUUCAGCGUUUUGAUCGGGAGAAGAGGGUCCUUUUCUGCCGAAGACAUCAAGUUUCCAUGGAGGCAGUUUCGUCUCUCAGCCUCAAGCGAAGAUUUGAGGAGGUGGACAGUGGCUCUCCCUACUCUACACCAAAGGACUCUGACGAUGAAAUCUCCAGCAGUGACAGUGCUGACAGCUGUGAUAGCCUUAACCCCCCCUCCAGCACUGCACUCACACCAACCUCCAUCCUAAGACGGCACAAGCCCUCUCCAGGCCGGAAGCGGGUGCGGUUCGAUGUGGUGACGGUGUACUACUUCCCCAGACGGCAGGGCUUUACCAGCGUGCCCAGCCAGGGGGGCAGCUCCCUAGGCAUGGCACGCCACCACUGCUCCAUCCGUCGAUACACACUGGGAGAGUUCGUCCGCGAGCAGGAGACCAGUCACCGCCACGCCCUGCGCCAACACCUCCGCCAGGAGAAGCUCAAUGCUCGCAAGAUCAAGCUGACGCGUAACGGUAUGGUGGAGUGUGCCCAGGCUGACCUGCUGACCCUGGAGGACGUGUCAGACGACGACUUGGAUGUAGAGGGUGUGGAGGUGGAUGACUGCUUCUUCCUGCAGCCGCUUCCCACAAAGCGGCGUCGGGCACUGCUUAGGGCCUCUGGUAUCGCCCGUAUAGAUGCCCGGGAGAAGGCUGAGCUACGGACCAUCAGGCUUUCCAGGGAGGAAUGUGGCUGUGACUGCCGUUUCUACUGUGACCCCCGUCACUGUGGCUGCAGCCAGGCUGGCAUCAAGUGCCAGGUGGACAGGAUGUCUUUUCCCUGUGGCUGCUCUCGUGAUGGCUGUGGGAACUCGGCAGGCCGCAUCGAGUUCAACCCUCUCCGCGUGCGAACACACUACAUGCACACCAUCAUGAAGCUGGACCUGGAGAAGAGGAGGCUGCUGGGGCAGAAGGCAGGGGUCGGGGGGGAACAGUAUGCAGAGUCUGACCUGCUCACCUCCCCUUCCUCCACCAGGCCUCCCUCCCCAGACCUUGACCUGUCCACAGGGGCCCAUGGCCUGGACUCUGAGUUAGAGACAGAGGAGAGAGAGGUCCAGAUGGUCCUAGAGGCUCAGGACCUCCUGACUGACCAGGCCUGCCUCGAGCGGGAGAACGAGACCGCUGUGCUCCACCUGCAAAGUGCAGAGGAGCAGGAGAGGAUGAGGGAGGAAGAGGAGGAGGAGGAGGCGCAGCGGGGCAGGGGGGGAGCAGGGGGCCUGGGGGAGCAGGCUUUGUGCCUUCUGCCUGGGGCCCUGCAGGGGGAGAUGCCUGGGGACACAGGGGUUGGGGUGGAGGGGGUCCCUAUCUCCCUCCUCCAGGGCCCAUUCCUCACUGGGGCUACCCUGCUCUGCAUCACAGAGAACCAGGAGGGAGAUGGGGAGGGGGACAACCCCUGUGGUGGCCUCAAAGACCCGGCCUCCUCCCUGCUCUACUACCAGAUAGGUCCCAUGGAGAACGAGACGUUUCACAAGUCUCUGCCUGGGCAGGAGGAGGCGUGUGUAGAGCGAGAACCAGGGGGAGGAGAGCAGCGAGGGAGGGAUGAGCAUGGAGGCAAUACCUGCGGGCAGGAUGAGGGUGAGUUUUCGCCCCCGGUGGCUCUGUGCUCAGAGAAUGGCGUGGGUGCUAAGGAGUUACCAUUCAGCCCCCAGCAAAGCUCCUUAGAAGGGCAGUGUCAGGAGGAGGCCUGCCUGGCCACAGAAGGAGAGUUGUACCCACCACUGCCCCCUGAGGUUUAGUACUAGCACCUCUGUCAAUGUUUUGCACAAUAGCUUAAUUUUGAGCUGAAUAAAGCCUACACUACAUGGAUAGACAAUGACUAUGAUGUUACAGUUUAGAAUUCAUAUUAGUAACCGUCAUUACUAGAAAAAUCUAUUUGGAAGAAAUGAGCUUGUCCAUUAAAAUAAAGUGAAGGAGGGAAAAUCAUCCUGAAAGCACACCCAGAUCUUUCCCCUGCAGUAGUACUGUCAGUUCAGUUGUAAGUCAGUGAAAGGCUCUCAUUCUAACGGGGCUGGAGAUCAUGGGGCCUGUCCCAAUGGCACGCUAAUCCCUAUAUAGUGCACUACUUUUGUCCAGGGCCCAUAGGACUCUGGUCAAAAGUAGUGCACUAUGUAGGGAAUAGGGUGCCAUUUGGGACGUUGCCUGGUUGGCAUUAACAAAAGAAAUGACUGUAACUCAGUAACUGAGAACUAAGUAGUGUUGUUUUUAGUUCCCGGCACCACUAAGAGACGGUGUGGUGGUGUGAGUGUUAACAUUUGCUCUUGGAGACGUUGGUCAAGGGAGCAUUUCAGAAUCAUUCAUAGGAUACAAGUGGCUUGAUUAAAACAAGAAGGUGGGGUCAAGAAGAACAUGUGCUCUGUUGUAU